CUCAACACCACAAACAUGGCCCCGUCGAGAGCCUACAUACCUUCGACGGCGCUAAUACGCGCGCUUGGCCGGCCGCUACCACUACGAUGUCCCUUUGCGCGCCCUCUACCCGCGCAAUUCGUGCGCGGCAAAAAGUCCAAGGCCGCGAAAGCGCGAGAAGCCGAGAAAGCGCAAUUGGGGCAACAAGCUCGAAGAGAGCGCUAUGCCGAGAAGACUGCAGAGGCACGACAAGCUGACGUCGAGAAGGAAGCUGAAGAGCAGUAUCAGGAGGAGACGAAGAAGAAGAAAUUCGCCGCCGCAGCAGGACCAAUAGGGAACAUGAUCACGGAGAUGAAUGACCCCAAAAAGAUUGACAAGUUCUUCGAACCUCCAGAUAACAAUGUCUUCGAAGACGGAGAGGAUCCCGGCAUCGACUUCUACGAGGAGGACUUGUCAACGGGCAAGCGGCGCAAGGUGGAUAGAUUUGGCACAGUCGCGGACAGGAAGAGGGAAAGAGAGACGCGCCUGAUGAUCGAAGAGUCGUACAACAACCCCAACUACGACGAUGCCGAGCUGAACAAGCGUCUGAUGGAUGGCCUCAUGUCGAACCCAGCAUUCGCAGAUCUGACAGAAGAGCUGAAGGAAAUCAAGGAGAGCAUCUUGACAAAGGACGAGGAAAGAAAGAUCGAGGAGGAAGCCGAGAAGGCCGCGCAGCCAGCUAUCGACGACCUGCACGCGACCAUGCGCAUGGCGAUACAUGCAGCAGUCACCCAGCUUAUCAACGACCCAGACGUCGGGGAUGCGAAGCCAGACCUGCAGGCGGUGCUUGACAAGAUGCCCGAGACGGAAGAUGUACAGAGCCCUGAAUUUCAAGCACUUCUCGACGCAGCCACCGAAAAGGUCAACAACAACCAGAAGCUUCAAGAGAAACUCCAGGCCGGCAGCGAGACCGAAACCGAGCAGGACAGGCAGCAGUGGGCCAACUUCGAAAAGGACGUCGACGACCUCCUCGCACCUGAAGAAGACCCUCUCGACGAAAAGGACAUGGAUCAUGAGGAGAUUCAUGAACUUAUGCGCGAAAUGCGCGACAUCCUGAGGAGCCUCAACGUCAGCGGCAACCUCGAGUCCGAGCUGGACAAGAUGUUGUCCGAGCCCAUGCCCAACACCACCGACGAAGCCGAGGACGAGAACGGCGUGAACUUCAACGAAGACACCGACCCGGCCGACCUUGCGGCCGCGCUCACAAAACUCGCAGCCGCGAAAUCGGAAACCGCUCCGGAGCCCGAAACCCCAGAAGACGAGGAAGAGCAUAUCCCGCCCGAGCUAAAAGCUAAGGUCGACAAGAUCAUGGAAGACCCGCGGCUAAUGGAGAAGCUGGUGUACAUCCAGAAGCUGAUAGCGGAGCACGCGCCCAAGCGCGACCCAAAUGAUCUGACGCAAAUCGAUCACGAGCUGGCCCCUGACCCGUACGAAAUGGAAGACUCCCGUACCGCGACCCUCGCCCAGCGCAUGGCCUCUGCACGCGCCGAUCCUGAGCACUCGGCUGCUAUGCGCCGCCUGCGUGUCAGGCUCCAACCGCCCUUCAACAUAUCCCCUGCUUUGAAGUCGUUCAACCAAGCAAUCGAGUUCGCGUAUAUCGGUGCCAACGACGACGUGCGUCGCGUGCUCUGGCGGAGCUACCAAAGAGCACGUAUCCUACCGACGUUCCUCCAAAACAUGAAUGAUGACGCUUGGGACAUACUGUACUACAGUCAAGCCGUCACCUGGAGUGGCAAUCAGAACAGGACGGAUCAUCUCAAGAUGUUGCUGAGAGACCUUGCGAAGGUGGGCAAGAAUGGACCGCCUACGCAUCCGAGCACUCUGGGCCAGCAUGCGGAGGCGGCGCGAUUGGAGGCUGCGCAGAAAGAGACGGCAAGUCUCGAGGCGUCAAGGGGGGAAGUGAGCAUGGAUGAUUUGGAGUGGAAGAAACGAUAACGAGUGUACAAUAUGAUAUGAUACCCCUCUUAACUGGCAUAGUGGCCUGAAACGAUCUGUGCAUGUUGCGCGUGU